AUGGCAGUCACGCGAGCCCAGCAGAGCAUACUCUCGCCCAAAGUCAAAGUAGUCCGGCAGGAUACUUCUCUGACUAUCCGCCUCCCUGAUAUGUUCGUACUGUUCCUAUCGGGCGAACCAACUGUGAAUCAACACUAUGAGUGUGUGAGACAACAGUCAGAGUCAUGGAUAUCCAGGGAGUGUUCCUUCGAUGAGAGAGCCCAGAGACGUCUACACAAGUGCGAUUUCGCCUAUUUCUGUUCCAUAGCAAUGCCAGAGGCGCAGCCCGAGGAGUUGCGGACGGUCAUUGACUGGGGAAACUGGGUCUUCCCAUUCGAUGACCUUUUUGAUAAUGGACAGCUCAAGGAUGAUCCAGAAAGGGCCGAGGUACUGGUCGACAGUCUGCGAGCAGGUAUGGCCGAGGAUGAACAGCUACCAGUUCCCGCAGACAACCCUUUGGUUCGGGUACACAAUUCAGUAUGGCAUCGGAUUUCUCUGGUAUGUAUUCGUCGCAGGUUCGCAGAGACAAUGAAUGAAUACUGCACCGGAUGCAUGGACCAAGUUCGGUCGUGCUCCAAGGGCGAGUUGCCCUCGCUUGAGAGGAUGCUCGCUUUGCGUAGGCAGUCUGCGGGCGUUUCGCCCCUCUUUGCAUUGGUAGAAUAUGCUCACAAGCUCGAUAUUCCGGACUUUGUGUUUGAAUGUAAAAGCAUUCAGGAAAUCGAGCGAAUCGGCAUUGACCUCACACAGAAAGAAGGCGUAAGCCAUAACCUGGUCGCUAUCUGCCGUCACAACGGUAUGCCAGCGCAGAUGGCAUUCAACCAUGUCGGAAGCAUGCUCACCGAGCGCUAUCGAGACUGGUACCUUGCUUUAGCAGCACUGCCAACAUGGGGCGAACGGAUUGACGCUGAUGUCCAACAAUACAUCCGAGGCAUACAGAACGUCGCGCGUGCCAAUCUCCAUUGGAGUUUCCGCUCGGGACGUUACUUUGGCAAAGCAAAUGACAAAGUGCGAAAGACCGGCAUGGUGACAGUGAGAGGUCAAAGCGCCGAUUUCAAGUUAUCAAUCAUGUGA